CUUCCCCGCACACGUUGACGCCAUCUUCCUCACCUCGUGUCUCGACCACCCUCAACUUAUUUCGCCUGCACGAGAGACGAGACAAUGGAAGUGUGUGGAGGGCUCCUUGUUGGAGCUCGGUCAGAGAUGACCAAGGACGCAAGGUUUGCGUUCGUUCCAUGUGAGAACACAGUGCGUGUGGUGGCGCUGCGCACAAGUGCUACCGUGCGCGUGCUUCAAGGGCACUCGCGUGCCAUCACCCAGGUCUCCCUCAACCCGGCCAACCGCCUCCAGGUUGUGACGGCUGCAAAAGACAACACCAUCAAAGUCUGGGACUAUGACGAGGCAGUCUGCCUGAGGACCUUCAAGGCCAAGGGGAGCGUGGCUGCUUUCUUCUUUGAUGGCCACGAUGCUCGCGAGCUGUACUGGGUGGAGGAGACCCACUUUGGCCGCGCACAGCGGCUGUGCCACAUGACCUUGCCUGACUCUGCAUCCUCCCUGGAUGUCGAGCUGACAUACGAUGAUGUGAUUGUUCCGGAGGUGCGCCAUGCGCGGUCGUGGUGUUAUCACCCGCGCACAAAGAGCUUUCUUUACGGCGCUGGCAAGACCCUGCACGUGCACUCGCUCGCCUUUGGCACUGAGCGUGUCUUCAACACGUCCAACACCAUCACCGUCAUCGCCACCCAUGACGAGACGGACGCUAUCGCCACCGGUGACGCCCAGGGCAAAGUCCACGUCUGGUAUGGAUGCUUCCGCGACACAGACAGCCCGCCCGUCACAACUUCGCUUCACUGGCACGCGCACGCCGUGUCUGCCCUGACAUUCACCACAGACGGCGCAUACCUGCUCUCAGGUGGUGAAGAGGCUGUUUUCGUAAUGUGGCAGCUGGACACCAACACCAAGCGCUUCCUUCCCCGUCUUGGCGCCCCGAUUGCGCACAUUGCUGCUGCGCAGAACAGCCAGUUCUAUCUGGUGAGCCUCCACGACAACUCUGUGCUCAUCAUCAACGCCGCUGCCUUUGCUGUCUCCCACUCCAUCAUCGGCUGUCGUCAAGCGCCCGUGCACGCGCAUCAGAAGCACACGGUUGGCCUCGUGCGGGAGCCGCAGUCCGGGUGUGUCCUCACCAACGGCAAGCAGGGCAUGCUGCAGCUCUACGACAUUGAGCGCGAUGCCCACGUGCGCGACGUGGAUGUUGUUGGCCGCCAAUUUGUUUCCCGCACAUUUCGCCGCCACAUCUCGCCCACCUCCGUCCUCCACGCAGCAUACGCCGCGGGCGGGUCAACGCUGGCGACGGUGGAGUACCGCCGGGACGCGUUUGCAGACGGCGACCUUCGCCUCAAGUUCUGGACGCGCAAGGACUCUGGCUUCAAGUACGCCAUGAACACGCUCGUGGAGCCGCCCCACACGGCGGCCGUCACGGGGCUUCUGGCCCAUCCGACCAAGCGCCUGUUUGUCACCACGUCCAAGGAUGGCACCAUCAAGCUGUGGGCGUUUACGGAGCAGGGCGAUCCCGAGGACAGCCGGCGGCCUUCGCCCCACUGGUACUGCCAGGCUGUUGGCGACUACAACCAGCUCCCCUGCACCGCAGCCGCCAUGUCUGCUGAUGGCUCGCACUUUGUCGUUGCGUGCAAGAACUUUCUCACGUUGUGGAGCACGGAGGACAUGACGCUGCUGCGCGUGGCCAUGCUCUCCACCCAUAAGGUGCUCGUCUCCCACCUUGCCUUUACGGCCGACGGCAAGACAAUUGUGCUCGCUGCGCGCCAGCACACGAUGCUGUUUGACGUCUCAACGCUGGGCGUGCUGCACUCGACUGCCCAGCGCACCGCCUUCCUUGCCACCGCGGCCCACACCAGCAGCGCCGCCGCCUCCUCCACCGCCGAUGACGCCAGCGAUGAGGGCGACAGCGACAACAGCAGUGGAGAAGUGGAGCACGGUGAUGUGUAUGCGGUUGUUCACUCGCAUGAUGAUCGUAGCUCGUGGACCGCCUCUGUCUUCCGCACGAGCAAACCAGACGCGCCGCUUGUCGACAUUCCCCUGCGCAGCUGCCCAAAGGCCAUCGCCUUCUGGCAGGUGCAUGGCGAGCUUCGUCUCGUGGUGUUGGACCAGCGCCAGCGGUUGUGCCUCUUCCCCCUCGAUAGUGCAGGCACCCGCAAGGAACCAACCCGUCUGCAGCCAGACACCAGCAACGUGCCGCUGUAUGGUGUUGGCAGCGAGGACUUUGACCAGACGCGGCAGGCGUAUCAGCGGUUCUUUGGCACAGCAAGUGCUGCUGCCAGGGUUGUCGGCGCCACGUCCUCAGCACAGGCGGCGUCAGCCUUGUACGCCGAGCAGCAGCUUGCAUCCCGUGCCAUGUCCAUUGGCAAGACCCCGCUUGAGGAGACGUUUGCUGUCCCCUCGCACCUGCUGCCCUCCAUGCGGCUGCUGUCUGCCCAGUUUCUUGACCUGUCGCUUGCCACAGCGCGCCCGCACGCCACAGCCACGGAGAGCGGCAGCGACACGACAAGCAAGAUGCCAGUGGACGACAAGGCCGCGCUUGCACAGGAGAAGGCCGACGCGGUUCGCAUGCGCUCCCAGGCCACGGGUGCCGACGGCAGCAAGACAAGCGAGCCCUCCACGCAACGCGAUGCCAGCACCAACAGCAGCAGCAGCGGCAGUGGACUCGUGCUUGAGACCCUGCUGCAUGCGCCCGUGCACACAAGCACGAGCGCGCCGUCCAUCACCGCAUCAGACUUUGCGUUUGUGAAGACGCUUGGCGAUGUCAGCAACGAGGGCGAGGGCGACAAGACGAGCAUUGCAGCCGACGACAGCUUUGCGUGGUGCUUCGAAGCGCCAUCCAAGCGCUCCGACAAGAAAAAGAAGAAGGACAAGAAGGACAAGAAGAAGAAGGACAAGAAGGACAAGAAGGAUAAGAAGGAGAAGAGUAAGGGUGACACGUCCACUGUGGCGAGGAGACAGCAACCACGCGUUGAGGUGGAAGACUUGGAGACGAAGCAGGGCCAGGAACCGAACGGCGCUGUUGCGACACCAAAGAAGUUGAACGGUGUGAUGAUCAACGGAAACGGCAGUCACCACGUGGCUGAAGAGGAGGACGGCGAGGAGCACGUGACACCAAAGGCGAAGAAGUCCAAGGUUGAGGACGCUGAUGAUAGUGAACAGACCAAGGGUGAAGAGGGUCAGGAGGAGAUGAACGACUCUCUGGCGUCGCUGCCCGGGACGCCCGACGGCCCACGUCGCAUGCCGACUCGCAACACGCCAAACCCGCGUAAGCAGCGCCGCCGCAAAUCCAUGCCCGGCGGAGACGGCCUGGCAAACGGCAACGGCAGCACGAAGGGCACCAGCAAGAAGAGCACGCCUGCGCGUACCAAGGCACCUGGCAAGCGAAGCGGUGCAAAGUCUGUUGGCGCCACGCCUCUUCGCGCACAUGCCAAGCGGGCUUGAAGCUUCAGUCUUGGUGUGCGCUCUGCUUUGUUGUGUGUGUGUGUGUGUGUGUGUGUGUGUGUGUGUGUGUGUGUGUGUGUGUGUGUGUGUGCUGUGUGUGUGUGUGUGCGUGUG